AGGUCGCGGUCGUCUUUGUUUGUUUUUAGAUUAGAUCGACGGAGAGGCGAUGCCGACAUCGUUUGCGACGAUGGAAUCCCCCGCCUUUGCUCCUACUUUCCCAGGAGGAUCCUCGGCCGGCGGUGGCGGCGGCUCCAGUGGGGCGGCGAUGGUGAGGAAGAGGACGCCGGGGAGAUGGAAGAGGAUCCCGCGCGUCCUGACACCGGACAUGCAGGCCAGACUUGUGCUGGGGGGCAUGGAUUUCGAGAAGAGGAGCCGGUGGUUCCUGGACAAGGCCGACGAGCUUGAGGCGAUGGACCCCAACGGGUGCGACUCGGAGGAAGCCAAGAUCGGCUUCCUGGCCUUCCAAGCCGAGGUAGCAGCCUCCUACCGCAGAAUCGCCAGAACCAGGCCGCAGGAUAUCGUCCUCCGCCCCAUCCAGCUAAGCGACACCAAGGAAGAGAUGCUGACUGCUGAGGAGAUGGAAGCACGUUUUGCUGAGCGCAAGGGCUCUCCUCAUCUAGCACAACUAGAACACUUCGCUAAACUUGCCUUGGCGCAUUACAAUGCCAAAAAGGCAGAGCACAACAAGUAUGAUCUAGCUCAAGCCUUGACGUCCAACUGCUUCUCCGAGGCUUGUGGGACGACAUAUGCUCAUGUCAACUUCACAGCCACUCCCCAGAACAAUCAGAGUGAUCAACCGAUGAAGAGACUCUUCUUCGCCGAGCUUAUGCUAAUUCCAGAACUCCAGUUAUGUGAGGAUGCCGAGCCUAUGCGUGUGCUGCAAGUCUCCACUAUUGAUGAUGCUCCUUGUUUUGGUGGGUGCCACGAGAUACGUCGGAAGAUAGAUCACAAGAUGAGGGGGGUAAUGGAUUAUGAGCGCUGCCAUGCAUGUCACAACAUUCUCAAGCAUCCAAAAGGAGACAGUUUCAUCGGAGGACAUGAUAGCACCAAGACGCCUUACUACUCUGCAACUUAAGUCUGAAUUGGUGGAAAAUUAAAAAUUAUUAUCGGCAUGUGUGAUGUGACGAGAUAAGUUAUUGUCAUGUGUGAUGUAAACAUGCUUCCAGUUUAUAGGGUUAUGCCUGAGUAGUUUGGAACCAAUUAUGCUUCAAACGAGUGGGCUCCCGGUAAGUUAUUGUCAUGUGUGCUCUAAACAUGCUUCCAGUUUAGAGGCUAUGAGUGAGUAGUUUGAAACCAAAUAUGUUUCAAACAAGUGCUACUGUAGUUACCAUGGUGAACCUUUGUUAUUGCCAAUUACUGCUGUCUCAAGAAUC